UCUCUUCCGAGGAAAUGAAACUGAUCUGAGUGUCUCUGUCGUCUGUCUGUGUGAGAGUGAACAACUGUUCAAAUGGCUCAACAGGGAGUUCUGCUGGACCAGGACCAGUUCUGUUGUUCUGUCUGUCUGGAUCUACUGAAGGAGCCGGUCACCAUUCCCUGUGGACACAAUUACUGUAGAAUCUGUAUUGAGGGCUGCUGGGAUCAGGAUGAUCUGAAAGGGGUCUAUAGAUGUCCUCAGUGCAGACAUACCUUCACUACAAGGCCUACGCUGAUGAAAAAUAACAUGUUGGCUGAGCUGGUGGAGAAACUGAGGAAGACAGGACUCCAGGCUGCUCCCCCUCCUGCUCUGUGCUAUGCUGGACCUGGGGAUGUGGUGUGUGAUUUCUGCACUGGGACCAGAAAGCAGAAAGCCCUCAUGUCCUGUCUGGCGUGUCUGGCCUCUUACUGUGAGACUCACCUCCAAUCUCACUAUGAAUUUCCUGCUUUGAAGAAGCACAAGCUGGUCAAAGCCACCGCACAACUACAGGAGAAGAUCUGCUCUCAUCAUGACAAACUGCUGGAGGUUUACUGUCGUACCGAUCAGCAGUGUAUCUGUCUGCUGUGUACAAUGGAUGAACAUAAAGGCCAUGAUACAGUGUCAGCUGCAGCAGAGAGGACUGAGAAACAGAGGCAGCUGGGGAUGAGUCAGCAGAAGGUCCAGCAGAGAUUCCAGGAGAGAAAGAAGGAGCUGAAGGAGCUCCAACAGGCUGUGGAGUCUUUCAAGCGCUCUGCACAGUCAGCAGUGGAGGACAGUGAUCAGAUCUUUACUGAGCUGAUCCGCUCCAUUGAGAGAAGGAGCUCUGAGGUGAAGGAGCUGAUCAGAGCCCAAGAGAAGGCUCAAGUGAGUCAAGCUGAAGGACUCCUGGAGCAACUGAAGCAGGAGAUAGCUGAUGCUGAGGAAGAGAAGCACUGAGCUGGAGCAGCUCUC